CCAAGACUCGUCGUCGUCCUCGUCUUCUUCCUCUCGUCGCGCGUCUCUCUCUCUCCCCGCCACCUAAAAAUAGCACGAGGCCCGCGUGGCUACCGCCUCCAUGAAUCUCGCGCGCUCCAUUCCCUCCCGUCCUCACCUUCCUCUCCUCGGCGUCCCCUCGAUGCUAGGCGGCUUAUACCCACCGCAUGCCCGUCUCCGUCGCCCCGUUUCACCUCGCUUUCCAUGUCCCUCCGCGCCCCCAAUGCCGCGCCAGACCCAGCCACAGCGAGGCGGCGGGCGGAUGCCGUCGGUUGGCUUCGCGUGAUAUUCCCCGACGUGCCUCUGCCGCCACCGUCCGACGCCUCCGACAACGAACUGCACGCCGCGCUCUCCGGCGGCAGGCUGCUCUGCGCACUCCUGAGGAAAAUUUGCCCCGGCGCCUUGCUGGACGACGUCUCCACGGACAAUGUCGGCAGGUUCCGCGCUGCCGUCGAGCGGAUGGGCGUGCCUACCUUCAGCGCCUUCGACCUCGAGAGGGGUCAAAUGACAGCUGUUGUGACCUGCAUUCUUGCCCUCAAGGAUCGGUUUGGAUCACGCAUCGGCGAAGAACGGAACGUUACUUUCCUCACCAGAAACGAUAGCGAGGGAAGCAGAAAGUAUAUGGUUGCCAAGCUGCAAAGAGUGCUCACCAGUCCAAUUAUGUCAGAACCAUCCACCCCUUCAUUAGGGGCCGAUCUGUAUUCUCCGUCAGGGGUACUUCAGAUGAAACAAGGGGGAUUUGCUGAUCUUCCUGGUUGUAAGAUUUCAGACUUGAUGAAAUCCUCCAGCUUGGAUAAUGCACCCACUCAGUCACUUCUGGGUGUCGUGAACAGCAUCGUUGAUGAGAGCAUCGACAGGAAGAACGGACAGAUACCUUAUCGCAUCGCUUGCUUGCUGAGGAAGGUCAUAGUUGAAAUUGAACGGCGUAUGUCUUCUCAAGCUGGGCAUAUAAGAAAUCAAAAUAACCUGAUUAAAGCUCGCGAAGAGAAGUAUCAGUCAAGGAUAAGAGUGCUGGAAGCACUAGCAGGUGGGCAAAGCGGGCAAACACAUAUGGAGAAAGAUAAGCUCAAAGACAAAGGACAACUACCAGAGGAAGAUAUGGCUAUGUUGAUGAAAUGCCAGGAAGAAGUGGCUAGAUUGAUGAAGGAGAAGGAAGAUAUGGUUACGUUGCUGAAGGAGAAGGAAGAUAUGGUUAGGUUGUUGAAGGAGAAGGAAGAUAUGGUUAGGUUGUUGAAGGAAAAGGACGAUAUAGUCGACUUGAAAAAGGGCAAGGUGGAAGAAACACAGCAAAUAGUGGAUGAGGAAAGAUACAGGUUACUUAAGGAGAAGGAUGAUACUAUAGUGACAUUGAAAAAGGAGAAGCAAGAAAUGGUUAGGUCGUUGAAGGAGAAGGAAGAUAUGGUUAGUCUGUUGAUGGCAAAGGAAGAUAUGGUUGAUUUAAAAAAGGUCAUGGUUGAAGAAAGACAAAGAAUAAUCGAUGAAGGAAAUGAUAGGUUACUUAAGGAGAAGGAUGAUACUAUAUUUAGAUUCACAAAGGAGAAGGAAGAGAUGGUUAGGUUGUUGAAGGAGAAGGAAGAUAUAAUUAGGCUGAUGAAGGAGAAUGACGAUGUGGUUAGGUCAAUACAGAAAGAAGAUAUGGUUAAUUCAGAAAACGGUAGUAUUAAGGACAAAAAACAAACAACAGAUGAUGGUAAUGAUAGAUUGAUUUCAGAGAAGAACACUAUUGUGGUUAGGUUGACAGAGGAGAAGGAAGAGAUGAUUAGGUUGCUGAAGGAGAAGGAAGAUACAAUUCGAUUGAUGAAGGAGAAGGAAGAUAAUAAGGCUGACCUGAAAAAAGGCACAGUUAGAAACAUUAAGCAAUCAACUGAUGAAGACACAGAUACAUCAACUAAGGAGAAGAGCGACAUAAUUAGGUUGAUGAAGGAAAAUGAAGAUUAUAACAAUACAAUUAUGAAACUUAAGCUGGACUUAGAAGCAUUAAAAUCAUUGCACGAGGAGAACUGCAAGUUGUUAGAAUCUAAGAAGGAAGAUAUAAUUAAGCUUCUUGCAGACAAGGAAGACAAUGCCAGUAUGAUUUUGCAACUCAAACAGGACAGCUUAACAAAGGAGAAUGAGGACAUUCUUAGGUUGAUGAAGGAAAAGGAGGAUGGUAACAGUAUAAUUGCGAAAGUUAAGCUGGAAAUGGAAGCAUUAAGAUCGUCAUAUGAAGAAGCCUGCAAGCUCUUAGAAUCUAAGGAGGGGGAUGUAGUUAGGCUUCUUGCAGAUAAGGAAGACAAUGCCAGCGUAAUUCUGCAACUCAGGCAAGAGCUUGAAGCAACAAAAAGAUUGCAUGAGACACAUAGUCAGCAGUUAGAGACCAGAGCUUCCCAGGUAAAGGAGGAGUUGGAACAUAGGAUAAAAGAAGUAGAGCUCAUGUUAGAAGAUUCUAUCAAGAGAAAAAGGGAACUUGAAGAAGUAUCUAAAUCUCGAAUCCAGUUCUGGGAGCAGAAAGGAAUAGUGGUCAACCAAUUUGUGGGUUUGCAAGUACAAAACGUUCAGGAUUUGAGGCUAUGUUCUGUUUCAGUUAGGCAUGAAAUCCUAAAUUGUCAAAAAAGAUGGCUUGAAGAACUAGCUGGCCUUGGAGAAAACCUUAAGGCGGUAACAAAUGCUGCAGAAAAAUAUCAUGCAGCUCUUGAAGAAAACAGAAAAUUGUUCAAUGAGAUCCAGGAACUAAAAGGAAACAUCAGAGUUUACUGUCGGAUUAGACCUUUUCAACCUGGGGAGGAUGAGGGCUCCAAUUCAGUUGAAUAUAUUGGCGACAAUGGUGAACUCGUUUUAACGAACCCUACAAAACAAAAGGAAGGGGGCAAGAAUUUCACAUUCAACAAAGUAUUUGGGCCUACCACUACACAAGAUAUGGUCUUCAAGGAUAUUCAGCCACUAAUUAGAUCAGUUCUUGAUGGCUACAAUGUUUGCAUUUUCGCAUAUGGUCAAACUGGAUCAGGGAAAACAUACACUAUGAUGGGGCCUGAAAAGGCAACUGAGAAAGAAUGGGGCGUUAACUAUAGAGCACUAAAUGACCUUUUCAAUAUCUCCCAUGCUCGGCGAGACAUGAUCACAUAUGAACUUACUGUUCAAAUGAUUGAGAUCUACAAUGAGCAAAUCCGUGAUCUCCUUGGUGGUGGUGGUGCACAGAAGAAGAUAGGGAUUCAGAAUACCAUGCAGCCAAACGGAAUUUCUGUUCCUGACGCAACUAUAUGUCCUGUCAACUCAACUUCUCAUGUUAUUGAUCUAAUGCAAACUGGGCACGGCAAUAGAGCGAUGAGUGCAACAGCUUUGAACGAGAGAAGCAGCAGAUCUCACAGUGUUGUGACAAUUCAUGUCCGAGGCCAGGAUCUAAAAACUGGGAACACUUCACGUGGCGCUCUACACCUUGUGGAUCUUGCUGGAAGUGAGAGGGUGGACCGCUCUGCGGUUACAGGAGACAGGCUCAAAGAAGCACAGCACAUCAACAAAUCUCUGGCUGCUCUUGGGGAUGUUAUAUUUUCCUUAUCACAGAAGAAUGCGCAUGUACCAUACAGAAAUAGCAAGCUUACACAAGUCUUGCAAACUUCUCUGGGUGGGCAUGCAAAGACACUAAUGUUUGUGCAGGUCAAUCCAGACGUUUCGUCUUAUACAGAGACCUUAAGUACUCUUAAAUUUGCGGAACGAGUGUCUGGGGUGGAACUAGGUGUUGCAAGGACCAAUAAGGAGGGAAAAGAAGUCAAAGAUGUCAGAGAAUUGAUGGAUCAGUUUUCGAUGCUAAAAGAUACUAUCUCAAAGAAGGACGACGAAAUCGAACAGCUGCAGCUACUGAAUACUAGCACCUCCAAAUUGAAGUCCAACAGACAAGCUGAUCACAUAUUGAAGCAUUCAUCAUCUUCUCCUGGCAUAACAUCACUAGGAAAGGUCUCAAGUGUUGGUGGUGGAGCAGCUUCUGAUCUUGACAACUUCUCUGACACUAGUGACAGGCAAUCUGAAGCUGGGUCCAUGCUCUCCAUUGAACCUGAGGUUUCUGGUCUUGGUGAUGUUGAAUCUGAUGGAAGGUUAAGUGAUGCAUCUGAUGGGGGUAAUUCCACCGGUGCGGAAACUGACAGUUCUGUAAGCAGUGUGGUAGACCAAGGGCAAGAGAAAGCGUCUAGCGCUGCGAAAGAGCGGUUGACAAAGACGGUAUCUCGAGUUCAGAAGUUGACAGUCGGAAAAGCAUCAGGCUUGCGGCCUAAACCAAGGGAUCCUGCUGUUCCUAAACCCUCAGUGCCAACAGGGGCACGAAGAAAUACAAGCACCCAAGGAAUUCCACCAGCAAGAGCUACUAGUAGUGCAAAACGAGGACCAUAGAUCAAGUUUCUUACUGUGCCAUUUUGGCUAAACCAUUUUCCACUUGCCUUAAAUAUCUAUUGGAAGCUCUAGAGUGUACAGUCUAGCUUGUUGUAAUUAAGCCCAUUGAGUUGGAAAUUAGGCAGGGAGAAAAUUUAGGUGUUGUGAAUCUCUCCUCUCUUGUGCUUGAUUCACUUAUCCUUUUUACUAUUUCAGUACGCUCUAAACAACUUCCAAGUAGUUGUUAAAGCACAUGAAUAUGUAGCCUAGGUGCAAUUCAGUGAAGGCUUCGAAUCUGUUAUUGCCUAAAUUAGGUAUAGCCUAGGUGUAUUUUUCUCAUAGGGUCUGAAUUCUGAAAUCAGCCGGUGAUGUUUUCCUAUGAUCUGGCGCUCUCUUAUGUUUCAGUUGUGCUCUUAGAUUUGCGCAUAAUUUCAUCAACUACAAGGAUUUGGGGUUCAGUAUAGUAGAUAGACCAGAAACCUUUUCUCAUUCUUUGUUGUUUUUCAAGAUGUUGCCUUUCUUUUUCUCUUUCGAAGGAUCCAAUGAUAUUGACUGACUUGAUGCACUUAAUUUAGUUGCUGCAACGUUGCACUGUGAAGAACA